CUCGACCACCGCUUCCUUGAAAACCUCUUCCCGACGCAACCACCACUCCACCGCCCGCAAUUCAACCAUGUCGGCCUCUUUCACCUUCGUGGAGACGCCUGCCGCGCCUCCUCCUCCGCCUGCAAGCGAUGCCUGCGGUGUCAUGACCACCGACUCGCCCGCCAUCAAGAACGCCCCUCUGCCCGCUGAUGGUCCUGGGUCCCGUCAUUUCAACAACUACCUGCUGUUCUUCCUGCUUUUCUCAAUUCCCUACUACUUCACCAGAAAGGUGGGUGGCGGAUUCAAGACCUUUGUCUUCUUCUUCAUCGUCCUUGGAAUCCCCGUCCUGGCCUCGUACUGGUCAAUCGUCUCGGCCUUCUCCCCUCGUUUGAACGAGAAGGUCAAGCUCCCUAACAAGGGCGUCGAGCACUACCUCGACUUCCACGACGAGGUGCUCGCAAAGAAGUACUCGGGCCAGAACAAGAUCCCGAUGGAGACCUUCCACGAGCUCUACUUUGCCAACAAGGUCUCUUUCAAGGGCGAUUGUCUCGAUGUUCUCGAGUACCGCCACGACUGGGCCAGCUUCCGCUUCACCAUCUCUCUGUACAAGUUUUUCCUCACUGGCAUGAUUCCCGAGGUCAUCAUGCACACUCGUUCUCAGGAUGAGGAGCAGGUCCGUGAUCACUACGACAGAGGUGACGACUUUUACGGCUGGUUCCUUGGCCCGCGUAUGAUCUACACCUCUGGUGUCAUCAACGACAUCACCCGCGAAGAGACCCUCGAGGAGAUCCAGGACAACAAGCUCCGCAUUGUCUGCGAGAAGCUGCAGCUCAAGAAGGGCGAGCGUCUUCUCGACCUCGGCUGCGGCUGGGGCACGCUCGCCAACUUUGCCUCGACCCAGUACGGCGCCCAUGUUACCGGCAUCACGCUUGGAAAGAACCAGACAAAGUGGGGAAACACCCGUCUCGCUGAAUCUGGCAUCUCCCCCGACCAGAGCAAGAUCCUCUGCCUCGACUACCGCGACACUCCCGUGCCUGUCGAGGGCAAGUACAACAAGAUCUCGUGCUUGGAGAUGGCUGAGCACGUCGGUGUUCGAAAGUUCGGCUCGUUCCUUAGCCAGGUCUACAACAUGCUUGACGACGACGGUCUCUUCAUCCUCCAGAUCGCUGGCUUGCGCAAGGGCUGGCAGUACGAGGAUCUCGUCUGGGGUCUGUUUAUGAACAAGUACAUUUUCCCCGGCGCGGACGCCUCCACUCCCCUCGGCUUCGUCAUCGACAAGCUCGAGGGCGCCGGCUUUGAGAUCGCCAGCGUCGACACCAUCGGCGUGCACUACUCUGCCACUCUCUGGAAGUGGUACAGAAACUGGAUGGCCAACAAGGACAACGUCGUCAACAAGUACGGCAUCCGCUGGUUCCGCAUCUGGGAGUUCUUCUUGGCCUACUCGACCAUCACCUCCCGCCAGGGCGGCGCCACCUGCUUCCAGAUCGUGUGCCGCAAGAACUUGAACUCGUACCACAGAGUCAAGGAUAUUCCUGCUCAGUACGGCCUCAAGGUUCCUCAGCCGCCGACCGGAAACUCCUGGAUCAAGAACUAAGCGGCUGCUCGAUCAGAGCAAUCAAGCUGAACUUCUCAGCAUGUGUCUAGAUGACAGAUAUGAUAUGCAGCUGUAUAUACGAGAGUUUUAGCAAUAGAAAUAAAUGUCGUACACGCAU